AUGGGUUUAUGUUUUUCUUCGAACAACGUUGUUAGUGGCUCUAAUUGUAAACAGACAAACCGUAAACCAAAUUCAACAACGAAGACAGAAACGGUUACCUUGACGGAAACCCUAACAUUGCUUUCACUUCAGGCGGCACCACUACCCACGCUUCCGUUUGAUCUUGUUGCAGAAAUUUUGUGUAGAAUUCCGGUAAAGUUACUCAUUCAGCUUCGCUGCCUCUGUAAGUCCUUCAAUUCUUUAAUCUCUGAUCCCAAAUUUGCAGAGAAACAUCUUCGCUUGUCAACCAAGCACCGCCAUCUUAUGUUAUGCUCCUGGAACAACCAACAUAAGUUUUUUAUGUAUGAUUUCCCUAUCCAUUCUGUUUUCUCAAAUUCUAGUGUCACGCAGACACAACUCACUUACCCUAUCAGUCUCAAAAGUACAUAUGGCGCACCUUUAGCGGUGUGCUCUUGUGCCGGCAUCCUUUGUCUCACCAUGCGUCAAGGAUCGGCUGUUUUGUGGAACCCUUCCAUUCGAAUGUUCAAGAUAUUGCCUACUUUGAAUUAUAUUGCACACGGAGCACAUUAUUAUCCCUUAUAUAGUUUUGGGUAUGAUCAUUUCAUUAAUAAUUAUAAGAUUAUCGCUAUUUCUUUCUUCAAUGAAAAAUAUGAAACUAGAGUUUACACUCUAGGUACAGAUUCUUGGAGAAAAAUACAAGACUUCCCAAAUUUAUCCUUGUAUCGUCCAUCAGGAGUAUUUGUGGGUGGUGCCGUUAAUUGGUUGGUUUAUGAUGGUUUUCGUAGUUUUAUUGUUUCUCUUGAUUUAGAGAAGGAGUCAUAUCAAUAUAUUUCGCCGCCUGUUUUGGAGAUGAGUUUGUUUACUUUGGGGGUUUUGAAGGAUUGCUUGUUAUUUUCUGCAACUAAUACCAGAGUUACGUAUUUGGUUAUAUGGGUUAUGAUGGAAUAUGGAAAUAAAGAGUCGUGGGCUAAAUUGCACCACAUUCCUUUAAUGGGAGAUCCGGGUUUGUGGGUCUUUAACAAGGUUUUACAUGUUUCUGAGGAUGAUCAAUUGCUGUUGGAUUUUUAUGAGCUGGGAAGUAACAAAAAGAAGUUGGUUGUUUAUGGUUCCAAAAUUGGUACUUUGAAGAUUCCCAAGUUUCUAAACGCCGAUCUUCUGAUGGAGUGGGAAGUGUUUGUUGAGAGUUUGAUAUCACCUUGUUCUUAA